ACUUUUUGCUACUAAGUGUAACAGUUGCCUAAAAACAGUGAUGCCCUCUGAGCUCAUAAUGCGUGUCCUCAACCACGUGUACCAUGUGUCGUGCUUCUACUGCUGUGAGUGUGAGAGGAGGCUGGAGCGAGGAGAUGAGUUUGUCCUUAAAGAGGGACAGCUAUUGUGUCGAAGUGACUAUGAGAGAGAGAAAGAAAUGCUCAGCACAUUUAGCUUGACACCAGCUGGAUCAG